UUGUGCAUGAAUUACUGAUGUUAAAUUAUGUCUUUUGUACCUUAAACUUUUUUGACACAUCUUUCCUUGCAACAGAAAUUCAUUUUUAUAGCAAAUAUCUGUUUAAAAAAACUGGUUAGAAUCCAUUAAUUCUAGUACACAAUGGCGGAAUCUCAGGAGAUGCAGCAGCUGCACAAGCUCUUAGAAGAUUUGGAGGCAGUGGCAGAAGAAGUGAUGUGCGAUCAGCAGGAAAUUAUCACCUUAGACAAGAGACGCAACACAAAUCGUGAAGCACUUCGUGCUCUCAAGAAGACUUGUGUGCCUAAACAUCAGCCCCUUGCUCCUGAAGAAUGUGCCAGCACAUCAAGCCUUCCAUCAGUCCCUUUAUGCCAUUCUGCUGUCAAUUCCAGCCAUGCAUGGAUGUGCAUUGGGGACAUGUUCAUGAGCAUGCCAAAGACAUUCCUCGUGUCUUCAAUAGAAAAAGAACAGGAACAAAUGGAUAAAGCGAUUGACCGGCUGCGAGAUGGCCUGCGACACAAAGUUGACACUCUCCGCAGACUGGAAGGUGAAGAGCCCAGACGUGGGGCGCUGCUGAGACCGCUCAGCAGGGACGAGUGGGCUGGAGUUGAGAAAAUGGUAGCUCACACGAAGUAGUUGUAGCCUUAUUCUGCAUUACCAUUUCCAAACUUGAAUUGUUUUAUUUAUUAUACAGCUCACACGAAGUAGUUGCAGCCUUAUUUUGCAUUACCAUUUCCAAACUUGAAUUGUUUUAUUUAUUAUACAGCUCACACAAAGUAGUCAUAGGCUUAUUCUGUAUUACCAUUUCCAAAUCGGAAUUUUAUUUAUUUAUUAUAUCAUAUGGUCAAGGUCAAAUUGUUCGUCAUUCGGUCUAAAUUGUGGAACUUAGAGCUGAUAGAUAACUUGAGCAUAGAUACUCAAGUUUGUUACUUUUCUCCGACUUGUGUCGGAGAAACAAUUUCAACUUAUUUACAUGUUUACCAUUUAUCAAGGCAAAUACCCAAAGACCGUGAAAAAUGCACUAACUUCAGAUGUAGAGUCAGAUGGCAAUUGUUUCGAUCUUAGACAAUAAUUUCAUUUGAAUCAUCCCCUUGAUUGCUAUCUGUUCGUAACACUUCCUUGUGUUAGCCCUUGUACCGAGCCUAUAUAUGGCCUCUGACAAGACCAGGAAGUCGGUCAUAAGCAAGAACGACUGCGUAAAUGUUCGACUCGCUCCCUUGCGAGUCGUGAGCCUAAGAUAGAAAGUGUUUUAACCUCGUACUCCGAUCUAUAUUCCUAUAAACUGUAAGCCAUGUACAGUCCAUAAAUAAGUACUCCGUUUAUCUUUA